CCAUAAUACCAAAGAAGAAAACAACGUCAUCAUCCAGCGUCCGUUCAAAUCAGCGAUAGCGGUACUCUCCCCGAAUCUAAAAAGGGAAAUAUUAAUCCCUUUACUGUUAAACUAGACAAAUAAACCAGUUUGAGAUGAUAGACAUGAUUGAGAAGGAGGAAUCUAUCAUUAGCGAGGAAGAAGCGGCUCAGUAUGACCGGCAGAUCCGAUUAUGGGGUCUGGAUGCACAAAAGAGGCUACGGGGGGUCUCGUGUGCUCCUGGUGGGCCUCAGGGGCCUGGGGGCUGAAGUGGCCAAAAAUCUAAUCCUGGCUGGAGUGAAGGGGCUGACCCUGCUGGACCACGAACAGGUGACAGAGGAGUCAUGUCGAGCCCAGUUUCUGAUUCCAGUGACUGCUCAGGGCCAGAACCGAGCCCAGGCCUCCCUGGAGCGGGCCCAGUACCUCAACCCCAUGGUGGAGGUGAAGGCAGACACAGACAGGGUGGAGACCAAACCAGACAAAUUCUUCCUUCAAUUUGAGGCAGUGUGUCUGACAGGCUGCUCGAGGGAUCUGAUGGUGCGCGUGGACCAUCUCUGUGCCCAGCACAACAUCAAGGUCUUCUGUGGCGAUGUCUUUGGUUACCAUGGAUACAUGUUCUCUGACCUUGGCCAGGAGCACAACUAUGUUGAGGAGAAGCCCAAAGUAGUCAAGCCCAAAACAGACGAGUCCAAUGAUGGACCUGAGGCCAAGAAACCAAAGGUUGACCCCAAUGAGACCACCAUGAUCAAAAAGACUGCCAGCUUCUGCUCAUUGAAAGUGGCUCUGGAAGUGGAUUGGACCAAUGAGAAGGCCAAGAGCAGCCUGAAGCGCACCCCCGUGGACUACUUCCUGCUACACGUACUGCUGAAGUUCCGUACAGACAAAGGUCGUGACCCCCACCCAGAAAGCUUUGAGGCGGACGCCACGCUCCUGAGACAGAUCCGGGAUGAUGUCCUGGAGGCCAUGGGGCUGAGUAGCGAGCUGCUGCCUCACGACUUUGUCAGCUACUGCUUCUCUGAGAUGGCCCCUGUGUGUGCUGUGGUGGGAGGAGUGCUGGGACAGGAGGUUGUCAAGGCUCUUUCCCAGAGAGACGCACCACACAAGAACUUCUUCUUCUUUGACGGUAUGAAGGGCAGCGGGGUGGUGGACUACUUUGGCCCAAAGUGAUCGACCAGACUCCCACCAAAGGAGGGAGAGGCACACAACACCCCUAUUAGACGGUCUCUGCAGCCUACGUUUUGGAAUGUCAUUUUUUGAGGGUCUGUUAAACUAUCCAUUUGUUUCAAGUACACAGUUUUUACAUUUUGUAAUAAAAAUAUUGUGAACCAAA